AAUGGCGGUUUGAGGGGUUGGCGGAAGCUAGCUUUGCAAUAUGGCGACCGGGGUAGACGGGCCGCUCAAACGGAUGCUGGUGCCGAUUCUUUUACCUGAGAAAUGCUACGACCAAAUUUUCAUCCAGUGGGACUUGCUUCACGUUCCCUGCCUCAAGAUUCUCCUCAGCAAAGGCCUGGGGCUGGGCAUUGUGGCUGGCUCACUUCUGGUAAAACUACCCCAAGUGUUUAAAAUCCUGGGAGCCAAGAGCGCGGAAGGGUUGAGUCUCCAGUCGGUAAUGCUAGAGCUAAUGGCGUUGACCGGGACCGUGGUCUACAGCAUCACCAACAACUUCCCCUUCAGCUCUUGGGGUGAAGCUCUGUUCCUGAUGCUCCAGACAGUCACCAUCGCCUUCCUGGUCCUGCACUACAGAGGACAGACUGUGAAAGGUGUUGCCUUUCUAGCGUGCUCCGCCCUGGUCCUGCUGGUGCUGCUUUCACCACUGACGCCCCAGGCUGUAGUCACCCUGCUCCAGGCCUCCAACAUGCCUGCUGUGGUGGUGGGAAGGCUGCUCCAGGCAGCCACCAACUACCGCAAUGGGCACACGGGCCAGCUCUCAGCCAUCACAGUCUUUCUGCUCUUUGGGGGCUCCCUGGCCCGAAUCUUCACCUCCAUUCAGGAAACUGGAGACCCCCUCAUGGCUGGAACCUUUGUAGUCUCUUCCCUCUGCAAUGGCCUCAUCGCUGCCCAGCUCCUCUUCUACUGGAAUGCAAAGGCUCCCCACAAGAAGAAAAAGGAGCAGUAGAGUUGAGCUGGCUCCUGGAGUACAUUCCAUGUUUCUAUUUAUCCACCCAAUCUUGGGAUCCUUCCCAUCUGAACCAGUCUGCUGGUGUGACUUUUAAUCAUUCCCUGUUCUUCUGCAAUUGCAGCUUUAGUGGAAAUGCUUCAUUGACCCAGAUCCUUAGAAACGAUAGGGGUAGCAAUUUACAGGCUGACAUUUAA